AUGUUGAUUUUCUUGUUGGUUACAAAGUCUGAAUUAAUUGAUGAUUAUAAUUUGCCCGGAUUUUAUAUUUUGCGUCCAUAUGCUUAUUCAAUUUGGAAGUCGGUGCAGAAAUACAUGGGAGAACGUUUCCAAGAGAUUGGAGUGAAGAAUAUUUCUUUACCUUUAUUUGCCCCUUUUAUGGAUAAAUUGGAAGAACGCUAUGAAGAUUUGUUUCCAAAUACUUAUUUUCUCACACAUGCUGGUAAAGAUCCAAUUAAACAUUCAAUUGCAAUAAGGCCAACAAGUGAAUCUUUAGUUUAUUCAGAUUUUGGUAGAUGGUGUAGAUCUUGGCGUGAUCUCCCUUUUAGAAUAAAUCAUUGGUCUAAUGCUUUAAGAUGGAUUGAAAACCCAAUUCCAUUUAUUUAUAGCAGAGAAUUUCUUUUACAAGAGGGUUAUAGCGGCUUUACUAAUAGAGAAGAAUCAAUUGAUGAAGUUUAUAAAAUGCUAGAUAUUUAUAAUAAUAUUUAUAGUGAUUUAUUUGCAAUUCCUGUUUUGAAGGGAAGAAGAUCAGAAAAAGGAAAAUUAAAAGGAAGUGAUUUUUCUACAUCAAUUCAAAUUAUCGAACCAAACAAUGGAAUUGGAAUUCAGGCUGCUUCAUCCACUCAUUUGGGUCAAAAUUUUUCAAAAAAAUUUUCCAUUUAUUUUGAUAAUCCAAAAAAUCCAGGAGAGAAAGAAUAUAUUUGGUUAACUCGUUAUACUUUAUCUAUUCGUUCAAUUGGUGCUUUAGUUAUGACUUUUGGAGAUGAUUUUGGGUUGAUUUUACCUCCUAAAUUAGCUCCCAUACAAGUUGUAAUUAUUCCUGUUGGACUUGAUAAUUGUAAAAAUGAAAAGGAUAAAUUUAAUUUAAUUAAAAAUAUUAAAUUGAUUAAUGAGAAAUUGAAUGAAAAUGGUUUACGUGUUGAAAUGGAUAUUCGAGAGGAGAUUAUUCUCGAUUUGAGACCGAACCAAAAUUUCGUUCAAACAUCUAAUCUGCCAUGGAUUUUGCUAGAUAUCGAUCUUGAUUUUCUUGAUCGAUUCUCAAAUCCUGUCUUUUCUAUAGGGAGGAGGGAGACUUUCAGACAGAAUUCAAUCCUUAUUUUAUUAUUGUACAAUAAAAAUAUUUUUUUUAAUUUUUAUGUUUCAAAUGAAGACAAAUCUGACUAUUGGAAGUUAAAAGGAGUGCCAAUUCAACUUGAAAUUGGGCUAGAGAAUUUAAUAAGCCGACAAAUACCCUUAAAUGUUCGUUUUUAUAACGAGAAAUGUAUUCUUUGCUUGGAUAAUUUAGCUGGGGAAUUGAAAGUUUUACUUGAAAAAAUUCAAAGUGAUAUGCUUAAAAUGUAA